AUGUACGUCUCUGGCGAAACCGGCGAACCCUCAGUCGAAACUACUAGCAUCAUCGAAGACAUUGUCCGCCAACAAGUGAUAGAACUGCUCCGCAACUGCACCGAACUCGCCUCCCGGCGCGGCUCCAAAUCCAUAUCGACAAACGAUCUCAUUUUCCAAAUCCGCCACGACCAAGCCAAAGUCAGCCGCCUCCGCACGUUCCUCUCCUGGAAAGACGUGCGCAAAAACGUCAAAGACUCCGACGACAAGGGCGCCGACGCGGACCUCGCAGGUGGCGACGACGCCGUCGUCCCCGGCGGCCCCGUCGACGAGGCGGCCAAGAAGAACAAAAAGGCCAAGGUCGGCCUGCCCUGGGAGCCGGCAUCCUUCUACUCCGUCGAGGUCCCCGAGCGCGACGACGAGGAGGACGAAGAAGAGGAGGAGAUGAACUACAUUACGCUCCAGCGCCUGCGCAAGGCCGACGAGCGCACAAAGGCCAUGACCAAGGAGGAAUACGUCACGUGGUCCGAGUACCGCCAGGCCUCGUUUACAUGGCGAAAGGGCAAGCGCUUCAGGGAGUGGGCCGGCUUCGGCAUCGUGACGGACAGCAAGCCGUCGGACGAUAUUGUCGACAUCUUGGGCUUCCUGACGUUCGAGAUGGUGGCCACCUUGACCGAGGUGGCGCUCAAGGUCAAGGAGCAGGAAGACACGGCGAGGGCGCAGAGCGGCGCGGACAAUGCGGGGACCAAGAAGAGGAAGCUGCAGCUUGGGGGACUGUUUGAUCCGCCGAGCGAGGGCAAGACCCCCGUCGAGCCCAGGCACGUCCAGGAAGCGUUUAGACGCUUCCAGCAGUGGCCCAAGAAGACGAGGGCUAUGCUGAAUGGGACCAGGAUUGUGCAGAAGACACCUCUAAACAUCAUUUGA